AUGGGUAACACUCUUUCUAUAUUUGAUCAUACCCUUGUUUCAUGGUUGUGGGGUACUCAACCCCCACCCAGGAAUUCUACUAAAAAAGAAUUCAAAAAUCAGCCAAAGAUCCAGCCUUCUACGGACAGGUAAGGGAAUAUCUGCUACAGCUAUCAUAAUAGAUAGGGUUAUUAAAAUAUGGUGAUCAGAAUAAAGAUUGAGAUUAGAAUAAAGGAUGAUUUGUUAAUGGGCAUCAUCUCUAUAAAUAACAUAGCUUUCCUGUACAUUUAAUAGUGUCAUCUUGAAAUUAAUGAGAGUAAUAUAAGGGUUAAAAUACUUAAAUUAUUAAUUUGAGUUUCAUCUUUUAGUUACCAUAAUUUUCUUAACAGCUGAGAUAAAAAAAAUGUUCGAAAAAUAAAGGUGUGUAGCCUAGCCCAUUUGUAGUGAUUGAAAUUAAAUAAAUGGGCAUGACAUACAGGGGGGUGCAAAAAAAAAAAAGUAAAAUAUAUAGGAAUUAAUAAAGGUGUUUUGAGAGUCUGGUCAGACAGCACCAUCCUUGGAUGAAAUGCUGGAUGAAAUGAGUCCAGACGUUUUACAAAUCUGAAACUUCAUUAAUCACUUUUUCUUUCCUAAAUAGUCUCUCUCUUAAAGCUGAGCCCCAGAUAUCACCUAAUCUGGAUGCUUGUCUAGAUCCUGAUAAGGGUAAGAAAUGGGAGCCAUUGAAACAGAAAGGUGGGCUUGUGGAAGAAAAUCGAAAAAUGUACCAACACGGCAUAAAGAGACUUCGCUUUCCACCUUCUGUUACGUCUAAAUUUGCAGAGCUUGAUGAAAGGUAAAUACCGUAUGAUCACAUUAAAACCAACGAGAGAAGAACCACAGAUAGAGAAAAAUGUCAAUGUUUUUUCUGAACCAAUAUCACAAAUCAGUGGGGAGUACUACGGCAACGUAACUUACUAAGCAUUACCUAAUUUCCAUAAGGAAUGCAUUUUAAAAUAAAGAGAAGCUUUUAUGGUACAAAAUAUCUAUUUACUGAAAUUUCUGUAUCCAGAAUGUAUUAUAUGAAAUAUAAAUGAUCUGAUAGUGUCACUAUAAGUUGUGCGAUGACUGACAGAUACAAAGUGAUAGGGUAGCUGACGGACCAAAGUGAGAGGAUAGUUGAAAAAGAAUACUAGAAGUGACAAAAUGGGCUGAUGGAUGGAGAAGGAGGACAUGACACAAUUGCUACAACCUUAUUUUAGAGGAUAUAUUUUUGUCAGACUUCUACAGAGAGGUAAUUGGACAGCGGCUGCAGGUAUCAUAUUAGAUAGAGUUAUUAGAAGAUUGAGGUCAGAGUUCAAUAGAGAUUACAAUAAAGGAUGGUUUGUUAAUGGGCAUAAUUUCUAUAACUAGCAUAGCUUUCCUGUAGAUUUAAUAGUUUUAUCAUGAAAAGAAUGGGAGUAAUAUAAGGGUUAAAAUCCUUAAAAUGUGAAUAAGAGUUUCAUCUAUUAGUUAUUUUUCAUAACAGAUGAGAUAAAAAAAUGAAUGUGUGUAGGUAGUCCAUUUGUAGUGAUUGAAAUAAAAUAAGCAGACAUGGUAUACAGGGGUGCAAAACAAAAAGUAAAAUAUAUAGGAAUUAAGAAAGGGUUUUUUUGAGGCACCGAUCAGACAGCACCAACCAGGGAUUAAAUGCAGGAUGAAGUUAGUCCAGACGGUUCACACGUUUUACACAUCAAAUUGAAUUAGUUAACCAUUACAAUACAACUCAAAUAAUAAUGCAUAAUAUAUAAUGGCUUAUUUUAUCAUCUCCUAAACACACUUGGUUAUUCCAAAAAUAAGACAUCGAAUGUUUGAAAUAUGAAAGUUCACUAAUCACUUUUUCUUUCCUAAAUAGGCUACCUCUUAAAGCUGAGCCCCAGAUAUUGCCCCAGAUAUCACCUAAUCUGGAUGUUUGUCCAGAUCCUGAUAAGGGUAAGAAAUGGGAGCCACAGAAACAGAAAGGCGGGCUUGUGGAAGUAACUCUAAAAAGUUACCAACACGGCAUAAAGAGACUUCGCUUUCCCCCUUCUGUUACAUCUAAAUUUGCAGAGCUUGAUGAAAGGUAACUACUGUAUUAUCACAUUAAUUAAAGGGGGAGAAAUCUUGUACUUUUUUUUCUAUUGUUGAUAUUUUGUUUUAACAACGUUACAUUUUCACCUUUACGCUGGCUGCUGUAAGAAUUAGACUGACCAUUUUGUGUUUUUUUUUUUAAAAAACCUUUAGACAUGGCCUAACGACUGAACAAGACUUACUUACUGACUCCUCGGAAGACCUUACCCUGGAUGACAGCAUCGUGGGGCUUCCUCAAUCACUACAGCCACGGUCAGCAACGGAGGUAAUCCUCAAGGCAAUGCUGGGGGAACUCAAAAAAAACAUUCAAGCUGACGUGGCACUGCUCUGCACGGACCUCAAAGCAAUGGUGAGCCGCCUGGACAAGCUGGAGACCUCUACGGAGGCCGCGACCCACUCCAUAGUGGAGCUUCAAAUUGAAAUGGCCACACUUAAGAAACAACAAGACCUAACAGAACAAUGCUUCGCAAUGCUAGACGACAUGAGACGCCGCAACAACCCGAAGGUAUGGGGAGUACCAGAGGAGGUGCCGACAGAGGAACUCCCUCACAUACUGCGGAGGCUGAUAUAGGCCCUACUAACACCCAAAGGGGCCAAAAGCGUGAUACCAGAGGGGGUCUUCUGCAUACCUAAAUCCCGAAAUCAUAUUAGAUAGGGUUAUUAGAAGAAGGAGGUCAGAGUUCAAUAGAGAUUAGAAUAAAGGAUGGUUUGUUCAUGGGCAUCAUCUCUAUAAAUAACAUAGUUUUCCAGUAGAUGUAAUAGUUUCAUCAAAUGUGUGAAAUAUGAAAGUUCGCAAAUCACUUUUUCUUUCCUAAAUAGACUACCUCUUAAAGCUGAGCCCCCGAUAUUGCCCCAAAUAUCACAUAAUCUGGAUGUUUGUCCAGUUCCUGAUAAGGGUAAGAAAUGGGAGCCAUGGAAACAAAAUGGUGGGUUGGUGGAAGAAAUUCUAAAAAGUUACCAACAUGGCAUAAAGAGACCUCGCUUUCCACCUUCUGUUACAUCUAAAUUUGCAGAGCUUGAUGAAAGGUAAAUACUGUAUGACCACAUUUAUCAAUUGGGGGGGUAGGGGGGAGGAGAUUUUGUGCUUUUUCUAUUGUUUGUUUUAACAAACUGAGAUUUUAACCUCUAUGCUGAGUGCUGUAAUAAUUAGCCUGACCUUUUUGUUUUCUUUAUGUUUUUCUUAGACAUAAUAACUAUGUCAGAUAUGGAAAAGAGGAGAAGAUUCCCGAAGUACCAUACUAUAUUCGGGUGACUCCAACAAAAACCAGCAAACUAAUGACAUAUGCUCGGCCACCUAGGUAAGUGUAUUAUGAAACACAGAAUGACAGACCAUAUAUACAUACAUAUAUACAAAUAAAACUGCAGUGUCCUCAGUACAUCAAUACCCGGGUUCUCUCACUGGCUGUCUGUGUACACAGAAAACCAAUGAGAGAAGAACCACAGAGCAAGUUGUCAAUGCUGUAUCUGAACCAACAUCACAAAUCAGUGGGGAGUUCUACGGCAACAUGACUUUCCAGGCAUUACCUAAUUUCCAUAAGAUAUGCAUUUUAAAAUAAACAGAAGCUUUUAUAGUAAAAAAAUAAACUAUUUAAAUUACUGUAACCAGAAUGUAAUGUAUGAAACAUAAAUGAUCUGAUAGUGUCACUGUAAGCUGUGCAAUAAUGACUGAUAGAUAACGAGUGAUAGGGUAGCCGACGGACCGAAAGUGAGAGGAAAGCUAAAGAGGAAUAAAAUAAGUGACAAAAUGGGCUGAUGGAUGGAAAGAGAGGAAAGGAUAGAAUUGUUACAACUUUAUUUUAACUUUACCUAUUUUAAUUGCAGGGACCCAAUCUUUUCUUCUACGUUAAAACCUGGAAGUUACUUCCAAAACAAUUCAUAACAACUAAAAAGGCUGCAAGCGUCCCAGAAAAGGAAGUAGACAAGAAAGAACCAGAAUAUGAAAUAAAUUAUUCUGCUGAGUAUUCUAAACAGAAUAUUAUUCUACAGCCUGAACCUGUCACAAGUCUAGAAGAUAUUCCUUAUCCUUUGCUGCAGUCUGUGUCUCUUCUAGAUCCUACAGCGGUUGUCACAUAUUUAGAAAACAACAAUUCUCUAGAAUGCCGUUUGUACUAUCGAACCUCAUACAACUAG